GGAAAUAGCCAAUGGGGUCAAUGGGCCCGUAGGAGCAAUUCUUUGUGACCUCUUCACACUUUGUAAUCAUGCUACUGAAAGUUAUGGUAUUACCCAUCUUUGUUGCGAAUCUUGCAUCUGUGUUCCUUGACUGGAUCUUUGAUAGGAUUGCAAUCUGGGUUGGUUACUCUCAUCUUGGGUUGCUUGUCUGCGUGUUGACGAUAAGUUCUGUUGGCUUUGUUUGGAUUGCCUACUGUGCGAAUCGGCCCCAGCUUUCAAUGCAGGAGGCUGCAGAGCUUCUAUCCCUGAAGGGCUUCAGCAUUGAGGACUUCAGUGGGGAUGUGGCAAUGAAGGAACUGGCUGGGAUGGUUGAAUCUCGGAGGGGAGUCACAUUUGGAGGAGUGCCGAUUGUUCCUCCAAGUCUGCUCACAUUCGACUGGGCUUGCUCUGGCUGCGUUACAAUUGCUCUGUAAUCAUUCACAGCAAGAUCACAACCAUUGACAGGCAAUGCCAGAUGUCUGUGAGGAACCGAAAAGUCCAGUCUGAUUUUAGAAACAAGGUGGACUGCUGCAGUGAAAGGCCUUCCACGAUUCAGACCCCAAAUUCGAGUUUCAGGGUCAGAGGCCUGGGCCAAGAAAGGCGAAGUCGGUUAGUUUCAGAAAGUCACAGUCGGGUACCUUAGCUGUCAAAGUCCAACAGGCACCCAGCAAAUAUUCACAUCUCAGGGGUAAAAUCACGUCUCAUAAUGAAAAGUCGUGUUGGAA